CUACUUUACAUAACAGAACAGUUAAAGGUUCCCAGUGUCAUAAAAGUUGGUCUAUCCUGGCAUUGAAAUUUCAAGAACUCGAACAAACCUUACGGUGACCCAAUUCAAAUGAUAAACAAGGUAUUUCCUCCAUUCCUUUGAAUUUGCUUUCUUCUUCAUCUCUGCAAAUUAAUUGCAAGCAAGUCAUUCAUUCCUUUAACGAAUGAAGAAUUCUUUGCUUCUUCCUUCGUUAAACGUUGUUGGAUCGCCGGGUUCUGGAUUGCUAACUCUUGGUCUGAAUGUGAUAUGCAAUCGAUUCACGCUGCAAAUUAAUGAAAAUUGAAACAAUUACAUGCAUAUCUUUUAUAAUUUCUGUUAUGAAUUUGAAAAUUUGGUAUUUGAGAUAUAUACCUUGAUCAGAGACAGAUCUUUCGUGGAAGAAUUCCGAUUUUGAGUGACCUUCAGUAUUUCAUUACUCAUUGAGGAUCCCUGUGGGUGGGUCUUGGUGCAAUUUCAUGUUUCGUUUCUUAUCCUUUUCAGUGUUUUCGUCUUUUUUUUUUUUAAAAAAAAAAACUGUUUGGAAUUUGAUUUGGGAUGGAAUUUACAUGUUCAGUCAAUUUGUUCUUUGGGAUGUAUGGUGUCUGUUCCGCAUUCUGUUUCGUGAAUCGGAUUAAAAAACUAUAAGUUUAAUUACUUUUUCUGUUCUCCUGACUGUUUCCUGAGUUUUGUUUAUCUAUUCCCAAUUUAUUUUUACGAAUUGGUUAUCUGUCAUCAUAUCCUAAUUCAGUUUCUGAAACUUCUGAAUUUUAUGUGAUAUUUAGUGUUUUCAAGUCUCCCUGCAACUCUCUUUUGGUUGGUGCUUACUAUAACCUAACUUCGGAGCCUAUCUAACUGUGAACCUAAACUGUUUGUUUGAGUAAUGAAAUUGGCAUUUUCUUUGCAGUUUUCAUCCUCUUAAAAAUCUUAAGCUUAAGAGAUGGACAGCACUGAGCUUGAUGUGAGAAGAUGGGAGAACAUGGACAUAGAUGUACUGGUUCAAAUAUUCCAGUCAUUUGACAUUAUCCAGUUGACUUCCGGAAUUGCCCAUGUUUGUAGCACCUGGCGCUUGGCUGCUUGUGAUCCUCUGCUCUGGAACACUCUUGAUUUGUCACUGCUCAAAUCUAACUUCAUCAAAAUUCCCUUGGAGCCUUAUGUAUAUGUGCAUGGUCGAUCUGAUAAGACAUUAACUCGAGUGUUGAAAAUAGCUUUGAGCCUCAGUCGUGGAAGCAUCCAAACCUUAAUUUUCCAUCACAGUCUCUAUGUCAGUGAUGAUCAACUUACCUAUACCGCUGAAAGGUGUCCCCGACUUAAACGUCUUGUUAUGCCUGCUUGGAACAGAAUAAAGAAGACUGGAAUCUGUAAAGCCAUCCGUCUAUGGAAAGAUCUUGAGUCGCUAACUAUGCCUAGCAUAGCCAAUCCCCCAUAUCUUAUGGAGGAAAUAUCAAAGAGUUGCAAGAAAUUUUCUGAACUUAAAGUCAUGGGGCCAUGUGACUUAUUUUUUGCCUCCACACUAACUGCAUUUCUUCCUAACUUAAAAGUUCUGAGUAUUCGAUGCACUGUACUACCUAAGGAUGCUCUGAUCAUUCUCUUGGAUGGUUUGCAUCAAUUGGAAGUGCUCAACAUCUCUCACUGCGUACUUGUAGAGACCUCUGGCCCUCCAGCGCAAAAGAAGUAUCUCAAUCAAAUCGAUGAGUUAAUUCUCCAAAAGGCUUCAAGGCUACAUCAGUUUUUAACAUGCAUGAGUGAGGCAUGCAUUAUGUGUGAACGCACUAAAUCUGAUGAAGGGCUGGUUAGGUGGUACAAAUACGAAGAGGAGCUUUGGAAAGUAGAUGAAGUGAAAUCCCUAGCAAUUUGAGUGAGCACUUCUGAGAAUUGUUUAAUUGAUUAGACUUGCCAUAAUUUCAUUUUAGUUUUUAAGAAGAGAUGCAAUAAAGUUAGGCUAGACAGAUAGAAGCCAUCCGGUCAGAGCUAACUUAUGAAGGUAUAACAUCUCUGACUAGCAGUGUGUAGUGAGUGCUAAUUCAGCAGCAGGGCGCUCCUUGUGGUAGUGGAAAGUGUAUUAUUGAUAUCAUCCUUUGUGAAUAGGAAACUUGUGUUUUACUGUACUUAUAAAGCAAUGUAAACUACCCAAUCAAUGGUAGCCUCAAUGUUAAUUAUGAUUGUGCUUUGAUGAAGUGUAAUCAGAAGAAGUCUGGUCUUGUGUGUUUCAUGAAGUUCAUUGUUGCUGCUCCAUUGCUCCUGCAUUUGCCAGUUUCUCAAUGGGUUUUAAAAUGGCAGGGCCUAACCUACCAAUGACCAGUUAAGGUACAAUACUAUUCUAAACUAUGGUCAUGAAUUUUCUGUUCCGCAUUUUGGGUUAUUUUCUUAUUAAUUAAUUGUGGUUGGUGCUGGUAUGAUUCACUUGUCAAUGAUGUUUUCUGUAUUGACGCAUUACUGAUGUUUUUCUGUCUUCUCGGCAAAAAGUGCUUCUAGUCUAGGGUAGUAGCAUUUUUAGCCAUCAAAAUAGAUACCUGCAGUAUUAGCUGAAGCGAUAGCCUGGAUUGUGAUGCAUGACCUGCAACACUUCAACGUCUUCUACUAAGAGUCAUGAUCUUUAGUUUUAAACGUCAUAACAGAGGAUAGAGAAGGUCAGGAUCAAAAUCUGUAACUUAGGUUACUUGUAGGAAUGACCAAGUUUUACUCUAGUUGUCAACUUAACCCUCCUCUUUAUCCCAAUAUUAAACUCAUGUGAAACCAGUAUAGAAGGCAUCAAUGACAAGACAUCAGACUCCAAGGAUCAGCCAAGAUGGAAGAGAGUAUAUAUAUGUCGAGUGAACAUUUGCCAUCUAAAAUAAUAGGAACAGUCUAAAACAUCUUUUUUUUUUUUCAUUUGAUCAAAUAUGAACUUUACUGUGCUAAAUGAAACCCAUUAAAGGUUGCUAUGGCAUAGCCGGUUUGGUUUAGAUUGCAAAUCGCGUUAGGCUUGAGAGGACAUGUAAUCUCCCCCUCCUCUCUUGUUUCAGGACCUAGAUGCCUGCUUACAAUUAAUUGGUUGAUAUAAUUUUCGUCAAUUAUCAUUCCAUGAUCAUUUGGCUGCGAAGAAUGAGAUAAAUUAUAGUACAUUAAAUUAACCCCGAUGAGAGAUUCUGAUUAUGGUGGCUUAACACCAGCAGGUAGUUAAUAUAUUGAAUCAUGAAUUGGAUUCUGCUGUUGUGCAUGUACGUUUCGCCCUCAUCUCUUGAUGCCAUCUUUUAAGAAGAAAGGAAAAAGGGGAGAAAGAAAGGUUGUGAAUGAACGGCAUGGACUUUGCUUUGUAUAUGGGGGUCGAUCUCGUCUCGUGGAACACAUGACAUUUAACUACCAUUAAUUUUUUUUUUAUUAUUAUUAUUAUUUUUUUGCCUGAAAAGAAACAUUCAAGCAUAAUAAAUUUUAUAUGGUGGGAAAAUUAUUAUGAUAGGUGACCCACACAACUUGAUUGAUAGGAACAAUAAUGGAAUUGUUGAAUGGCCCAUCUGAUUUGUGACCAGCCAAGGCCGAAUAUUUUGGCUACAAAGCCUGCAACUCCAAGUUCCAUCAGUCCAUUGAUCCGGUGCACAAUUAAUGUUGCAGAUUACCAGAAUUACUCUAGCGUCCAAAAUCGUUGUUCUUUUCCCCAUUCCAACAUUGCAUUCAUCUUUGUAAGAACGGGAGAGUGAGGUUCUUUAGAUCUAAUUGACCAUCCCCCAAUCUUUCUUCCAAACUAAAUGAAACAGAAAUAAAAAUAUUGAGGAGGAGGAGACCUAUACAAUAUAUUUGGACUGAAAGAGCCCAAGCAAAGGAUUUGACGCAACUUAUCGCAUUUUACCAUUCUACCUACCCGCACAGGGAAUGGGGUGAAUAAAAUCAACAGCGAUAUAAUUACGCUUUAAAUAUAUUAUUAUGAGGGACAAUUCUUCUGUGAUGUACCAAAACAUAAUGAUAUUAUUAUUUUCCAAUGAUAAUGAAGAAAAAUGUGGUAGUUUGUGUUCAAUAUGUGGUACCCCUUUUCAAUUUGUCUUCUUUGUUUGAAAAUUGGAAUCUUUUGAAGGCCAUGACUCAUGAGCCACCAUUAUUUGACUCUUUUUAAAAAAACAAUUAUUUAAAAUAAGUUUCAAUAUGUACCAACUCCAGUCUCUUGUGGCAACCCAGCAAAAUUUGAUAUUUCAACAUUUG